AUGUACAACGAUGCCAAAAAUGCAAAGCAUGGCGACGGAAGCGAAGCAACAUCCCGGCUGGAGGCUGCAUUUGGUCCUAACUGGCACAAGCACCAAGAUCAAAUCGUGAAGGACGUCGAGGCGAUGAAAGACGGGAGGUUGAAGAUGGGAAAUUCCCAUCCCGAAAAGGGUGAAGAGCACCAAGAGAAUGAACGUGUGAAAAAAGCUACCGCACAAGGUCACCCGACGACUGCUCGCGGAAAAGCGCAGAGGGAAUUUGUGGCACACAUUGAUCGGGACAAAGUUCAAGAAAAAGAUAACGGCGUUCUAUGGCUUGGGUCAAAAUGGCACGACGAUGACUAUGGAAGAGCUAAUAGGGCUGGGACGUUACUCCAUGAGAUCAGCCACGGAUUUCUGCGGACGGGUGACAAUGUACACGUCGAUGGUCAAAACACGAAAUAUCUCGAUCAACAACAAACCAAUGCGAUGCCCCUACCGGAUCAAGCUAAGACCGAUAUAAAGGGUGCAUAUCUUGGCGAUCGAAAUAUCCCAAUUAGGGAAAGACCUUCAGUUGACACAAAAGACGUUAUAACCAAAGGCAAAGAAGCUAUUCCUCAGCAAUGGCAUACCGAUAUGGCCAACUCGGAGAAUCCUCAUCGAAACGCCGACGCAUGGAAGUAUUUUGGUGCUCAACAAGCCACGGGUUUGACAAAGUUGGUAAAGGGCGCAGAUCAGCAACAGAAGGAUAAAGUCCAGUUGGAGGAAUUGAACAGACAGGCAUUCGCCAGGAUGAAGAAAGGAGACUAUAAUGACGACGAAGAUAAAGAGGGCCUAUUGAAGCGCGGAUUUUGUAUGAAGAGGCAGAAGCCCAAAUCCAGCACGGAUAAGGCGGCUGAAAAGUCGACGAAAGAGAAGAGUCUCAAGACCGACAAAGCUCCAAAGAGCAAGGCCUCUGCCAAAGACAAAAGUUCAACUCGAGCAAAAGCAAAGAGCGCAUUGAAGUCCAAAGCCACCGUCAAAGGCAAGACUGCGAAAGCGUCUCAGAAGAACAAGCUCGCCUCGAAGCAACGGACUGCACUGAAAGGCAAGGCAGCAAAGUCCAAGGCACUCGGCAAGGGCAGAAAGACUCCGAGCUCCAAGGCUCUCGCUAAAGGCAGGAAGUCCAAGACCGCGACGAAAGUAGCCAAAGGCAGGACUGCAAAGUCCAAGGCUGUCGGCAAGAAUGCGUCGAGAUCCAAGGCUGCUCGCAAAGCCAAGACCACCAAAGCCGUUGGAAAGAACAAGUCCGCAAUGAGGGCUAAAGGCAAGACUGCAUUAAAGUCCAAAGCCACCAAAGGCAAGAGUGCUUCGAUGUCCAAGGCAGUCCGCAAGGGCAAGGCAACUAAAGCAUCUGCAAAGAACAAGCUCGCAUCCAAGACCAGAGGCAAAGCCGCGUCCAAGUCAAGGGCAUCGAAAUCCAAGGCCGUCGGCAAAGGCAAGAACGCUUCGAAAACUAAGGCCGUUCGUAAAGGCAAGACUGCGAAAGCGUCUCGGAAGAACAAGCUUGCGUCGAAGGCCAGGGGCAAGACUGCAUCGAGGUCCAAGUCGGUCAAGGGCAAGACCGGCCUCAAGGCGAAGGCUGGCAGCAGAGGCAAGACCGGCAAGGCUACUGGAAAGAACAAGGCCAUUUCGAAAGCCAAGGGCAAAGCUUCCAGGGGUUCCGCAAAGAACAAGGUCUCUGCCAAAGCUAAAGGUCGCGCUGGAUCGAAGAGCAAGGUCGCAUCAAAGUCCAAAGGCAAGACAGUCUCGAAGAGCAAGGCUGCGGCCAAGGGCAAGAAGGUCUCCGCAAAGAGCAAAGUCGCCAAAGGCAAGACUGCGUCGCGAUCGAAAGCAGUAGGCAAAGGCAAAAAAGCAUCGAAAGCACCCAAGGCCUCCGGGAAGAACAAACUUGCUUCCAAGACCAAAAGCAAGAAUGCUUCCAAGGCCAAGUCCGUUGGCAAAGGCAAAGGUACCAAGUUGUCCGCAAAGAACAAAGCCGGCGUGAAGGCUAAGGGCAAGACGACAUUGAAAUCGAAAGCAGUCAAAGGCAAGACAACCAAGAACUCUGGAAGCAAAGGCAAGACGCCGGCAAAUCGCAAGACCACCGCGAAGGGAAGGACGUCUGUGAAGAGCAACGUCAGCUCUAGAGGCAAGAAAGCGACCACUACUCGCAAGACUACCAAAGCCAAGACUGCGCCCAAAGGCAACACUCGAUCCAAGGCCGUCAACAAAGGCAAGGCGAACGCAUCCAAAUCGAGACCUGCUUCCAAGGGUAGAUCUUCGUUGGCCAAACCCAAGCCGACUGUCUCCAAGACCGCGAAUCGUGGAGGCAACAAGAAAGUCAACGUGUCCAAAGCUCAAACGGCACCAGCGAAGAAGGCCACGCAGCCCAAGAAGAACUCGUCUACUGCGCAAAGGUUAACAGCUCCAAAGCAGGCAGCUCCAAAAGCUGCAGCAAAGCCUGUCCAAAAAGCCGCCCCUAAGAGGGUGACGGUUCCUGCCAAAGCGGGCAAGAAGCCACGGUAA